UGCUACACAAAUAAAUUGCCUUUACGUUAAAUACUUGUUUAAGUGAAUAUUAUUUCGUUUAAAUGUACUUUUCCCCAUUUAGUGAGUUAAUUUUAUAAUUUCGUUUUCCUCGUGCUAGUAGUAUAAAAUUAGUGCUGCCGACCCCAAUAAGAAUGAUCCAUUCCGUGAGAAAUGAUCGUGAUACUGAACUGGAAAAGCUAAGAAAACACCACUUGUAUGUGCGAGUUCAAAAAAUGGCACCACUUCAUUCUUUCAAUAAUUUUGACAAUCCCAAGUCGGGUGCAAUUUUGUACAUAUUUGUUUUCAUUUCGCAUAUUCGGAAAAAUAUGAAAAAUUAGUAAAAGUGGUUUAAUAGCUUGGAACUUCGUUUCAGUGAACCUUAAUUAACUCAAAAAAUAAUAUAUAGAGCUAAAAUCUCAGAAAUGGACAGCGAAAUGGCAGUACCAAGGCAAUUACAGCCAGUGGCAGCUGCUUCUCAGGUUGAAGUCGGUUCCGGCACCUCUGCAUCGGUUUCUAUGGGCAGUCUACCAACUAACAAUCCAGUCAACGCUGAAAAAAUGCAGACUUGUAAUACCAUCAACAAACGACAAUUAGCUCGAUUCCAUCCGUAUCAUGGCGCCAAUAUAAUUUUAUGUGAAGACAACACGGUCGCCUACCGCAAAGCCAGCUUCGCUGAUGCAGUUACCUUUUCAGAGAAACCACUUCAACCCGGCGAAAUUUUUCUAGUUGAAAUCGAAAAAAAUGAACGUGGCUGGUCGGGUCAUAUCAGGCUUGGAUUAACGCAAUUACUCCCUGAUGUGGUUGGUUCAAUGUCAGAAGGUUUGCCACAGUUUGCGUUGCCGGACUUGGCUAACCUGGGAACUAGCUGGAUAUAUCCAAUUUCGAAAUUUGAAUCACAUUCCUUAACGCCCCGUAGCGGUACUGCCGGUGGGGUUAUCGAAACGAAUCCAUUGUUUCACAAC